GCACCCAGACUAUAGAUAGGCCUUCAGGCCAUUAUUCACAUCACUGCUGUGGUAGCUGGCCUCUUUGCUAUAAAAAUUAGUGCUUUUCUGGUUAUUCAUAUUCAUAUCACUGCUGUGGCAGCUGGCCUCUUUGCUAUAAAAAUUACUUUUCUGACGAGGCAUGGCGCUAGCUACUACGGGGAAGGUGAACGAAGUGUUGUUCAUGAACAGAGGAGAAGGAGAAAGUAGUUAUGCACAAAACUCUUCUUUCACGCAACAAGUGGCCUCAAUGGCACAGCCAGCGCUAGAAAAUGCAGUUGAAACUCUCUUCUCCAAAGAUUUCCACCUUCAAGCUCUUAACGCAGCGGACUUGGGUUGUGCAGCGGGUCCAAACACAUUCGCAGUGAUUUCUACGAUCAAGAGAAUGAUGGAAAAGAAAUGCAGGGAAUUGAAUUGCCAAACACUGGAACUUCAGGUUUACUUGAAUGAUCUUUUUGGAAAUGAUUUCAAUACCCUCUUCAAAGGCCUGUCGUCUGAGGUUAUUGGUAACAAAUGUGAGGAAGUUUCGUGUUAUGUGAUGGGAGUACCGGGGUCUUUCCAUGGCCGGCUUUUUCCUCGUAACAGCUUACAUUUAGUUCAUUCCUCUUACAGUGUUCAUUGGCUUACUCAGGCACCAAAAGGACUCACAAGCAGAGAAGGCUUGGCAUUAAACAAGGGGAAGAUUUACAUAUCAAAGACAAGCCCUCCUGUUGUAAGAGAAGCCUACUUAUCUCAAUUUCAUGAAGAUUUCACAAUGUUUCUCAAUGCUAGAUCCCAAGAGGUGGUUCCAAAUGGUUGUAUGGUGUUGAUACUUCGUGGUAGGCAAUGUUCUGAUCCUUCAGACAUGCAGAGCUGCUUUACUUGGGAACUAUUAGCUAUGGCCAUUGCUGAAUUGGUUUCACAGGGAUUGAUAGAUGAAGAUAAAUUAGACACCUUCAAUAUACCCAGCUAUUUUGCAUCACUUGAGGAAGUGAAAGAUAUAGUGGAGAGGGACGGAUCAUUCACAAUUGAUCAUAUAGAGGGGUUUGAUCUUGAUAGCCUAGAAAUGCAGGAGAAUGAUAAAUGGGUUAGAGGGGAAAAGUUUACCAAGGUUGUCAGGGCCUUCACAGAGCCUAUAAUUUCAAACCAGUUUGGACAUGAAAUCAUGGACAAACUAUAUGACAAAUUCACUCACAUUGUAGUUUCAGAUUUGGAAGCAAAGCUACCGAAGACCACAAGUAUCAUCCUAGUGCUUUCCAAGAUUGAUGGAUAGCUUUUUAGUGUUGUGAAAUAAACUGUUGUCCCUAUCACAUAUAUGCUACUAGAGGGUUGUGCCAAUGUAUUGCACAAGAAGAUUUGAGAGGGGUCAAAUAUAGAAAGCAUUUUGCUCUUGUGUGGAGAGAGAAUGUUUUCUUGAUUUAAAUCUGUGAUACCCAAAUCGUAAUGUUGGGAAGAAAUGAGAAGUUGAACAUGAAAUUUUAAUUUCUUUACCUUAUGUAUGUAUGGAAUUAGUGGUUGUUUGCUAAAAAUAACGUCUCCUCCAAUUAUUGUAAUGUAUUGGGAUGGUUCUUGCAAA